AUGCACUGCCAAGGUGGGCUCCGGCUGCCGUCUCCCGGGCAGCAGCUGAAAGCAGCCAGGCGGCGCUACAAGACCUUCAUGAUCGACGAGAUCCUCUCCAAGGAGACCUGCGAUUACUUCGAGAAGCUCUCGCUCUACUCCGUCUGCCCCUCGCUGGUCGUGAGACCCAAAGCUUUGCACUCCUGCACCGGUCCCUCUUCUCUUCGGGCUUAUCCGCUCAUCUCUGUCAUCACCAGACAGCCUUCAGCCGUCUCUCACUUCAUUCCUGCAGUGACCACCUCUAGGGUUCUCUCACCACUCCCACCUUCGGCAGGUACCUGUUCAGAGAGCCAAGCCAACGAAACUCAUGGAAGCAGUGAAUCCGAGACAGAGCAGCCCACCCUCCCCUUGAAAAAGCCUCGCCGCAGCCGGACCAUCUUCACGGAGUUGCAGCUGAUGGGACUAGAGAAGAAAUUCCAAAAGCAGAAGUACCUGUCCACCCCAGACAGGCUGGAUCUUGCUCAGUCACUCGGCCUCACUCAACUCCAAGUGAAAACCUGGUAUCAAAAUCGCAGGAUGAAAUGGAAAAAAAUGGUUCUGAAAGGAGGACAGGAGGCCCCCACAAAGCCCAAAGGCCGCCCAAAGAAAAAUUCCAUUCCCACCUCAGAGGAAAUCGAAGCGGAAGAAAAGUUGAGCAGCCAAACUCAGCCAGAGGUCUUGAAGGAAAGCCAAGCAGAGGAAGACUGUGGGUUGAUCAAGGAGCAGUUGGGCUCCUCUUCAGAAACCGAUGGAUCUCCUAAACACAUAGCAGAGGCAUCUCCAGGGCUGACAACCUCAAGUUAAGAGCCAUCUCAAAGCUUCCCCAGGGGACAGUGCAUAAACUGGAUUUCCCUGCACCUUGUGCCUUAAGAAAUCAAUCGGUGGGGUAGGUGACAGUUGGAUGAGGAAAUCCAAUGUCAACCAGGAUGAUUUCUUGACUCCCAGGGUCAAGUAUACACUUUCCCGACACAUAUCCUGGAAUCUUUCUCCAAAUAAACUGCAUGCUUAGAGAUUGGAGCUUCCGAAGCACCCAAGCGAGUCAACU